AUGUGGACCAGUGUGCUCAGCGGGCCAGCGCCCUCCUCGUCACCACCCACCACAGCUGUCCACCCCCUGGUGCGCCGAGGAUGGCGGGGCCAGCGGGGUCAAGGGGUCCGCAGGACGCCACCCCGAGAUGCCUCGAGAAGUGGGGGUGGGGCGCAGAAAGGGGGUGCCUGGCUCCCGACCAGGGCGCCUGCCCAGCUGAGGGGACACUUGGCUCCAGCUGCCGUGCGAGUGGUCAGCCAGCAAGCAGCAUGCACAGGGGUGUCCCUGCCCCACGCCCCUGCCUCCUGGCCCCCCUUUCCAGCCCCCACCAGCAAAGCUGCACAGCCUCGCUCACCCGGUCCCACCUGUCCGACUCCCCAGCAGGCACCCUGGGUGCCGCGGCUGCUCCUCGAAGGGCCUGACCCUCUGAGCGGAGGUGCCGCCAGCUGGCAGCACAGCGCCAAGGGCAGCGGCUCCAUGGGCAGCAUGCCUAAGGCCACAUACAGCCCGGGGUCCUCCGGGGACUGUGUGGGGGUCAAGGCGGUGGCCCUGUUUCACGGGUGA